CAAAUGUUGAAUAAGGUUGGUAACUAUUUUAUAUAGGUAUAUACUAUGUAUAUGUAAUACAUAUACAUAUACAUAUUAUGUACAUACUUUUUGAAAUAAAUAUUUUAAUUUAGGUAGGAAAGCGCCUAAUAAAUGAUUAAUUUAUAGGUACCUAACCUAUACUCCCAUGUAAAAGUAGUCAUACAAAAUGUUUAGCAAUAAAAUUUACAAUAACAAUUGAACCUUUUAUACAUAUAUAUUUUUACCAAAAAAAAAAAAAUGGUUUCAAUAAAUUUAAAAUAAUUUGUAUCUGUGUAUAGGUAUCUAUAAAAAAUGUUUAAACAACCUAUUUUAAAUAAAAAUACGUUUAUAAUUUGUCAUCAAUAAAUAAUAUUUAAUGGUGUAAAAUACAAGUUUUGUAAUGGCUGUAAUUUGUUUAAAAUAAUUUAAUCAACGAACCUUUUAGGUAGUUUUAUUUAUGGUGUUUAUAACAUUUUUUUUUCAAUGCAAUUAAAUUCUAUAUAAAUUUAAUAAUACACUAUGGCAGUAUUAUUUGAUGUAAAUAUGGUUGAUUGAAUUUAAUAUAAAUUCAGAAUGAAUUAGGUAUAUGUAUUUAUAAUAUCUUUAUGUGUUAUGAGUCAUAACUAUUUCUAUGGGUAGUUCAUAAAUUAUGACCUAGAUAAAGCAAAUCUAUAGAUAGGUAGGUAAACUAAUAAAAUGUUGAUGUUUAACAAUCUAUAAUUUAUAUAGGUAAAUUAAAUUUAUUAGGUAAUUUAUUAGGUAUAAUUGAAUACCUUCAAAAUGAAAAUUAAACUCACUUGUUAAAUUGGUCAAACAGUUUUUGUUUAACAAAAUAUUCAUACACACCUAUAGAGUUAUAACUCAUUUUUUAGUCUUGAUGUUAUGACAGAGGACAUGUUUAAGAUCUUAUUGUAAAUUAUACAUAUUCAUUUUUUUUUUAGUAUAAACCAUGCAAUUAUAUGAGAAGAUUUUGAAUAGGAUAAUUGAUUUUGGACUUUUUCUCCCAAUUAUUAUAGAAACGUUUAAUAGGUAAUCUUAUUAAAAAGAUAAGUUUUAAUGAUUUAAAUGAAAGAAGUAACAAGAAAGAAAUAACAAUAAUGCAUCUUUUAUAGAUACCUACUGAAAUAAGACCACAUUUGAAGAAUAAAAUAUUUUAAAUAAAAAUAUUCUGUUUGACUUUUGGAAGAUAGGUAAUCAUUUUUGUAUGUUUUAAUGGUUUUAGUAAGUAAUAGGCAGGUUGGUAAAAUAGUUAUGUAUUAAAUAUCCACUAUUUUCUAUUUAUUUAAAUUAUUUGUAUAGCUAUAAAGACUCAAAAAUACAUAUAGUACCAAUAUAAAAAAAUAACAAAACAAAAUAAUUGACUAAUGAAUUAUAAUAACGUAUUUAACUAAAACAUAUUAGGUAUAGGUAGGUCGGUAGGUACCUACCUACCUAGUGCCUAAUUUUAAAAAAUAUCCACAUUGCAUUAAAUUAAUUGAACUAGACAUUUUAACAUCAAUAAUAUCUUUGAACUGACGAAAUUAUUGCACAAUUAGCGGAUAUGGUAAUAAUAUGAUAUAUACCUAUACAAUAAUAAAUGCAAAUAAAUAUAUUUAGAAUCUUGUCAACAUCAUUUUGGUAUUGAUUUAAUAAUUAGAAAAAUAUCGCGCGCUGUGGCGCUAUCUAUUUACGUACCUUGGUAGUUCACUACUUAUUAAAUUUAAAAAUCCAUAUUAUACUACCCCGAAAAAUAUUUUAUAUUUAAUAGGUCCAGCUAGGUACUAUAUUUUGAAUUGUCUGUAUCGUUGUAGUUUUUUUACAAGUGUUUAUCUCUAUACUAAUGUUCGUAGCAGAAUAGUGUACUAAAUGAAACGACUUUCAAUCCAUACCUUACAAAUGCAAAUAAAUACCCAUGUACCGACAUAUUGUUACAUUAUAAAAUAUAGGUUUCAAAAUAAGUGAAUAGAUUUCAUAUUACACACAUUUAUAAAUAUCCAAAUUCGAUGUAGUUUUCUAUACAUUCAUCGUCGCCGUAAUUUUAAGUAUAAUAUUUUUGUAUGAAUGAAAUUUGAUAGUAAAAUACAGUAAAAGUUCAACCAUUAAUUCCGCAAUCCGCCAAACACCCCCCGCCCCACACACACACACACACACACACAGCUUGCCGCUAUGCGAAAUUGUGUCUAUAAAAACAAAUCGCUUAAAUGACCUGUUAUUGCGUUGUUUUAAUUACCUGGGAACAAAGGCUCGAAAAUGGAUUGGUGCGCUAGCUGCGGGUCGGGGGAAAGGAACUCCCGGGUAGUCCGCGGGAGGUGGUCGCCCGGGCCGUCACGUAGUCGGUCUGAUGACUGGUGGGUCAGACCGGGAGGGGGGCAUUGCACGGUGUUAUACGCGAGCACAAAGGAACCAACGCAGUCGCAAAAGUCGACGCAAAAGCGUUUCCCCGGCAACGGAAAUUGUUCGCUCCCCCCGUGAAUCGAUUUGCCCGCGGUCUCGUCCUGGCUCGGCGUCCCGGUUGCCUUCCAGACGUCUCUCCACCGUCGUUGCGCAACUACUUUGUCGCUGGUGAAAUUUUCCGACCAGAAGAAAAAAAAAAAAUGUCCCUACGUCUGUUAAAUCAGGUAAGAUAUUGUGUUUUUAAAUAUACACGCAGACGUUAACAUCGCGAAGAACGCGCGCGUAAUCAAUCGAACAGUUUUUAAAGGCGUAAUUCUCGUAAAAUCUCCGCGCACACACACACACACACACACACAAAUACACGCACACACGCGCAUACACACGCACACACGCGCAUACACACACACACACACACAAGUGCAGCCCGGAUUCGUGACCCGGGGAUCAUAUGACCGACAUGUUUUCCUGCGCAUUAGACCACUGCGCUCUCGCUGGAGCGCAUCGAUGAACUCGGUUGACAUUCAACUUUUCUUUCUUUCCAAUUACUGUAAUUACUUUUUAGAUGAACUUCAACACCGUCCUUUAAACCCUACGACUCGUUGUCUGAGCUAACACCGUCCAAGGUAGCACAAUGAUUGUUCCUAGUGUCGGGUUGUUUACCGCUCUGAUCUUGCAAAUCGGGUGGUCCAAAUGUGGUUUGCCACCAUCAAAUAAUGAGAUUACUCAGAACUUCUUGUGGAACACUGGUAAAUUAAUUUACAUCCAAACCAAUCGCUAAAGGGGUUCAUGUUAAUUAAUUUUAAAAUGAUGCGUAGACGCGGUGGAAUGGAGAAUCGGCGAAUGGGAACCGUGCACUAGAUCUGAUGAUACAGGGCUGAACGACAAACAGGGAAUACGUCGCAGAAAAAUAUCUUGUGUUAUGGUUAUACACGAUGGAAUAAAACUCGAGGUAAGAUAUUAUUUCCAACGUAAUAAUAUGUUAGUCAUACAAGUUGUAAUAUUUAUUUUCUAGUGAACAAUAAUUACUUUAAUAUAAAAUUUACUUACAUUACACAAGGUAAAAAAAUGUUUAUUGGUCGGUUGGUUUUUAAUUUUUUCGAGGUAGGAAAUGUAAUUUUCAGUAACAUUAAAUAUCUAAAACAGAAACAUUUAUUAUUUGUAUUGAUUAAUUUUAGAUUCUAACUAUAGAAAAUUAGUUUUACUUUAAUGUGUAUUUAUUUAUUACCGUUUUUAUUUAUUUGUGUUUGUGUACAAUUUUUCUACCAAACGUCUUGCUCCAAUCAAACAACGAUGAGCUAAAUAUGUUUUGGUACUUUAAUCUAAUUGAGUCGUAUUGAGAAGGUCAAUUUUUGAUUUAAAAGUUUACGAUACUAUCCAUUAUUUGUUGCAAUUUUCACAGAAUACUUACGUUCAACUUUUCUAGAAGUUGUAUUCUAUAAACAAUUUUAAAAUAUUCUGGAGAAUUUUGAGUUUAUAAGCAUUUUGUAUUUUCGAAUUGUCUUAGUUUUUAUUUGGUUUUCUGUAUGUGAAAUGAUUUUACCUAAUAGAAAUGUUUGACAAUUUAACACGAAAUUCAUUGGUUGUUAAAAAAAUUAAGUUAAGCGUAAUGUAUAAUGAUAUUUUUUUAUAAGCCUUUAUGUUUAAAUUCCGAUGAAAAUCAUAAAAAUGACCCCAAUUUAAAACAUGUUUACUCAAACUUCGCUCAGAAUAAUAUUUCAUCAACAAUGAUUUAUCGUUACGCACAGAUAUAAAUUAAAUAACUUCAUGUAUCACACCUUACCAACUUAUAACCUACAAUAGUGACACGCCCAAUCAGCAUCAUCAGCCCUUUUUUUUUUUUUUUUUUUUUUUGUGCGUCUGUGAACACCUUUGUUUACAUUAAAUUUACAAACAAAUUAGUUGAAUUUAAAUAUAUUCCAUCACGUUAAGUUAAUUGUUUGUAGUUUAAAAUUUUAAUUAGUACUACUUAUUAAGUAGGCACAGGCAGUCCCGUAUAGUAAAAUAAGUAUAGGUACGCCGUAAACCUACUCCCAAAUAGUUUUUUUUUUUUUUUCAAAGGCAUCAUGAUAAUAUAUUAUUAUUAUCAUUGCCUAUUCCGCGUGAAUAUAAUUACGAUGCACGGACUGCGGAGUAUGAUAAACGUGAAAGUACCAAAUACUAUUGGUAGAAAAUAAUACGGGUCAAUUGCGUUAAAAAUCGGAACAUAAUUCGGCCACCUAAAAGCACAAUAUGAGUUGUCUACUUAGACCAUUUACGGUGUCAACUGUGGUAUACUAAUAACCAAAAUUUACUUAUCUUAAAUCGUGCUAAUAACUAAUAUGAUAAUAAUAUUUUAUUCUUAUCAUCAUGGUUCAUGAGUCAUCAGCGUGCUCUUAGAUUUCACACUUUCACGUAUAAAUAGUAACCAAACCUCACUAGUGUGGAAUAAUGGUGAGGAGGAAGACAUAGUAAUACCUAUAUUAUUCUGAUUUUUCAUUACUAGCUGCCCGAUAUAGAAAAUAAUAAAUCCAAAUACAGUAAUUAUAAUCAGUAUUGUGUAUCAUCUAGGUUGGUAUAUUUUCAUCUUUUAUCUUUCUGCAUAAAUGAGAAAUAAAUUAUUUGAGUAAAUAGUUGAAUGAUUUAGAUAAAUCUUUUUAAAUCUUAGUUUAUAUACUAUUAUAUUUAUUAUAAAUAAUAGAUAAAAUACUACGUUUAUAUUCAUAUAAUCUUACAAUAUAAACUAUAUCAAUUACACAACCUUAUUGAAAUCUAGAUAUGUACCAAAUCUAGUUAUCUUAAUACCUAGUUAUAGGUUAUAGCACUUAGUUUUAUGAUCGGUAAAUUAACAAAGAUUUCUUUGUUUUUUAAAAAAAAAAAAACAUAAAUAAUCAGCAACAUUAAUGCUGCUGAUUAUAUUUUAACUUGGACUUCUUCUUUUUCGCCUUCGUUCCAAUUAUUUGGGGUCAGCCACCUUUGUUCUAAACGUCCACUUGACCCGACCUCCCACCUCACAUGUACCGGUUGUCCUCAUAUCACACUCAAUUAAAUUUCAUUGUUGGCUUAUUCCAGAUUUCCUCAAUACUGUUAUAUGCAAAUAUCACGCACCAUAGUACUUACUUUUACCUGUGGUCCCCGCAUACAUCCGUGGUGGGUAUUAUUUGAAACGCCUCAUAUUGUUUGACAGAAUUUUACACCGGUACCUAGUCGACCUGACGCAACCCCAUCUGUCGUCUCUCACGGCAAAUAGAAACCGUGAGAGGUACCGUGGGAGUAUUCUGAUCCCAUUCUCACAAGGAGAGAUUAUUUAUCUUUUAUCUAGAUGUUUUAAAAUGUAUCUUUAGCCGAUACUGGUUAUAACUGACAUUAUAGACUUCGUCCCCGAAUUUAUAAUUGGAUAAAUAGUAUAUUAUAUAAUUAUAUAUAUGCAUUUGUAUAUUUAUUUAAAAUUUCUUUAAUUUUUAAAAUAUGUAAAAUGUGCAUUAAAAUUAAAUUAUAAAUAAUAAUAAACAGCAGAUAUUAUAAAACUAUUACCAUGGGAAUCUCAAUAAUAAUGCUACAGGAUUGAUACAGAAGAAUAUUUAAUAAUAAAUAAGAUACAUGCCAUUUUUUUUUUUGUCCAUAAAUUGUAAGCUUUAGCUUUUAGUUUUUAGUCUAAUACCUAAAGUCUGUUUGUUUUGUUAAAUGUAAUUACUAAUUAUAAUAAUAAAAUUGAAAUAACUAAGAAACGAUAAAAAUAAAUGAUUUGCUGAUGACGAUAGUGUGAAUGGUUUUACAAAAAACACUAGCCAGCAUAAUAUUUCCAUUAUUAAAUAUACCUAAUACCUAUAUGUAUAAAUGUAUACAGUAUAAUCCGCUUAAUGGACACGAAUUGGCUAGUCCUGAACGAAUGUAUUCAUUUAAGGCAAUUUAACUUCGUUUAUCUGGGACAAACUAUCGGUUAUAAGGGACAAAAAUAAAAGCGUCUAAUUAGAUAUUUCGACUUAAAUUAUCUAUCUACUUCUUAUCGAAACUGUAAUUAUCUAAUCUUUACAGCUCCAUUAUGUAGGUAAUGUCAAUCACUUAUCCAAUCUUUAUAGCUCUAUUAUAUAGGUAAUCAUUUGUUUUUCUUCUACUACCACGAUAAGAGUCGACUGGCCUACGUACAAAAUUGAAAAACUCUAGUUCGCGUUCUUUCGUCUCUGCGUAUUUACGUAUGUGUGUUUUUGUUGAUCUCAGUUUGUGUUAAUACGUAACAAUUAUGUCCCGUAAAGAUGUAUCGUUGAUUGAAAAAAUUUCUAAUCUGGAUAAAAUUAAAGCUCAACCUCAUUCUUCCGGUCUUCGUGAGUUAGAAGAGAAAAUAAUAGGCACCUCUAAAUCGGUACUAAGCCGAUUGAAAAAUAAUCAAAAAGCUAUUCGUGAACAGUGGGAAAAAUUAAACGACAACAAAAGUGCACCAGUAAACAGAAAAAGAAAGCGAGAAGGCAAAGAUCCCGAAGUAGACAAAGCUAUGAACGAAUGGUUUUCUGCUGUUACGGAACGUGGUGUUCGUAUUUCGGGCCCCAUGUUACAGCAGAAAGCUGAAUUUUUUGCUGAAAACAUUGGACAUGGUAAUUUUAAUGCUACAGAAGGUUGGAUAAGUCGUUGGAAGGACCGGAAUAAUAUUAAAUUCAAGCGAUUUCACGGAGAAAAAUCAAGUGCUGAUACAAAUGGAGCUGAUGAAUGGUAUUUAGUUAAAUUACCGGAAAUUCUUAAAAAAAAUUUUUCUUAUUAGUUAUUCGGUUAAUCGGGACAGUCGGAUAAUGGGGACAAAUAGGUCACCGCCCAAUUUGUUCCAAUUAAGCGGAUUCUACUGUAUAUACAAUAUUUUACAAUACCAGCUGUCCUUACUAUGAAUGUGCACCGUAUGUAUUAGACGAAAGCAAAUUUUUAAAAAUAAAAAUGUAUCCCUCCGUAUUUCCCAUGCCUAUCACAGUUAACCGAUGUUGCUCGGUAAUUUAAUGAUUCACGUUUUCAAAAGGGUACUUAAAUCCGCGACAAGCAAAAAAACUAAUAGUAAGUAAUUGAUUUUGCAUCCAUAUGUCACCCCAGUAACCCAUAAAUCAAUAUGAAAAAAUAGAUUUUCGUUCCGAAAAUACCAAAAGACUUGUCAGUCAGUGGCAAAUAUAAGGGGUGAUGAGGGCUAUUAUCCCUACUCUAUUUACUUUCCAGUACACUCUUAUAACUUGAUUUAUUAUUGAGUUCAUCAUAAAUGAAUGCGUUGUAUGCAUUUUCAAAAUUGUCCCUCCCCGUUAUCUUCUCCUGGAUCUACCCCGGGUGUCAGAUACCCUUAAGACUAAGGGGUUGAAUUUUGGAAAUCCGAAGUGGUGUACACGAACCCAUUCAUCCGCUUCUGUAACUAAACGUGCGCUAGAUUCGGCUGUAGAUCGCGCACAGACAAACAAAUAAACAGGACAGACACUUCUUUUUAUUAAUUUAGAAACAGAAUAGACGAAUAGACUUAAGAUAAUUAAAUAUCGUUACAAUUAAACAAUUAGUUUACUUACUUAACCCAACUUACUGAACUUACUUAAUGUAGACACUUGAAUACCUGAUAUAUUAUAUUGUAAUCCACAUAAUCAUUAUUUCUCGUUCACAUAUACAUUUAUAUGUAUUUUAUAUGUAGAUUAUUUAUUUGUUUGGUUGUAAAAUACUGUUUAGAUUGAUUAUAUAUGUUUAUUUUCGUCAAAGGGCUAAUCCCGUAAAAUAAAUUAAAUUAAAAACUAUUAUUAUUACAAUAAAAGUAAAAUAAUUAAAAUAUCGAUGAAACAAUCAAAUAAUUCAGGUAUUGUUUUAAUGAUGUAAAUGUAAAUGGUUUCACAUACAAAUUCCUGCUCCCAAAACCAACAUUCUGGGUGUAUAACACUGUACACAAAUCAAACAUAUGAACAUUUUUCAGUGUACAUAUAUAUUUGUUUUAUAAAUAGGAACCAAUUGAAAUUGAAGAUACAAGUUGCCAAAAUUUGAACCCUGGAACUCCACCCGUGGAAUCGUGUUCACUUGAACCUAAUCAAGAUUGCGUAGUUACUGAGUACUCGAACUGGACUGCUUGUUGUGGAGGAACACAGCGUAGGAUAAGAAGUAUAGUAAUCGAACAAAAAAACGACGGAGCUAAAUGCCCACCGGUAAAUUAAUAUUUUUUUUUUUUUCUAAAUCUUAGUAGAAUAUAUUUACGAGUAUUAUUAGUAACGUUACGAGAAUAGGGGUAUUUUUUUUUUUUUGUGGAAGCAAUAUAAUUAUUGUUCCUGACGUUCCUGUAAUUUUAUAGACUGGUGGGUAGGUACGUAUUUUGUACUUAAUUAUAGAUAGGUCUAUCUUCGUGCAGAUGUUUAGAGGGCGGGAGAAUAAUUUUAAUGUUCACUUCGAUAGGUAGUAAAAAACAUCCGUGACGCAGCUGUGUAUACAUACACAGUAACAUACCAAAACAUUAGAUUUACAUGUUUUAAUUAUAUUUCGCGUAAUAGAUUUAGUUUUAAAAUUAAAUUAGGCAGUUAUGAUUUUAUAUUUAUUUUACCGUAUACUGAUAAGAAUUUUGUAUAAAAUACGACAGCGGGUAUAAUACUAUUAUCUUUCCAGCUUUCACAAAACUUAUAUAUUUUGUUGUGUAUAUUAUUUAUACUGUAAGUACAUAUUAUUAAUUAGACACGUUUUUAAUUGCUAUUAUUACUUGAUUGUUUUAUUUUAGCUUACAGAAUCACGUUCUUGUAAACCGAACGAUCAAUCAUGUUCUAACAAUAUUUCAAAAGGAUAUCAAUUAAAAGUCAACCAAUGGCAACAGUGUAUGCCGUUCACAGAACACACUAUGGGUGACAAUGGUGGCAUAUUAAAUUCUGGCUCGCAUACCGAUACCUUUUAUAAACACUGGCCCCAAGUGGGCACACAAAAGCGAUCUAUGAGCUGUUAUGACGAAUCUGGUGUUCUUGUUUCUCUUAGUUUUUGUGAAGACAAACAGUUGCCCACUAACACCAGAGCAUGUAUCAUAGCCCAAGAUUGUGUUGUUAGCGAUUGGACAGAUUGGGAGGUUACGCAAGGUGGUUGCGUUAGCGCUGGUGGAAAAGUAUAUUAAUAUAAAAUUCCUAUUUAAAUACGUUAGUGUUAAUAAAUUUAUCUGAUUAAAGAUCCGUGCUGAAGAAGCAAUUAGGAAGCGUCAAAUUCUUCGGCUACAUGAAGGACAAGGUUCACCAUGUCCUCAUCUGGUUGAAACAAGGACUACAAAAGAAAAUUUACCAUUAUGUGCUGAUAAGUAAGUUUAUAUAAGCUAAAUAUUUAAUGAAUAUUUAAUCUUAAAACUGACAACAAAUUUUAAUAAAUACCCGUGUACACAUAUAAAUAUUAAUCGUGUGGAAAAAACAAAGACAGCAUAUGCAAGUAGUUAACUAGAAUCGGGUGUUAGGAAAUUGGCAUUUCAGCAAAUUGACUUGUAUCGAAUUGGUAUGAUACAGUAUAUCCUUAACAAAAUAAUUUACUUUUUAGAAGGAAACUUCUAUAGGUUUAGCGACUAAACGAGGGUUAUAAACAUUUCUAAAAAAAGAACACGGUAAUAUAUCUACACAAUUGUAAUUAAUUUAUUAUUACAAUAACCAUAGUAUGUGAGAGUCUUAUGUUUUUGUGAAAUUAAAUUAAUACUAUUUAUUAGUUAGGUACUUCAAAAUUAAUUUAUUUUCCAUAAACUAGGUAAUAGUCUAUUAGUGGAGUAUAUAAUGUUAAUUUAUUUAUUAGUCAAGAAUAAUAUUCGUUAUUAUAUACUUUAACAUGGAUUUUAGAUACAAGUGGUUAAUAUCAAGUUGGACUAAAUGCUCUCAACCUCUUUCUAAUGCAUCAGUUCAAUGUGGUGGAGGACUUCAAUUUAGAAAUAUCACAUGUAUUGAAAUUAAGUCUAACCAAUUUAUGGAUCCAUCAAUUUGCAGAAUUCUAGACACACCACCAACAAUUCAAAGGUUAUUAAAAUAUCAACUUGUCUACAUAGUCUUUAACACGUUCAUAAAAUACAUUUCUAUUUACAGAUGUGAAAUACCCUGCCCAAGAGAUUGUCAAGUUGGACCAUGGAGUGUAUGGAGCCCCUGUAUGCCAUCAAAAUGUCCUGCUGAAAUUAUAAAUGAAUCCUCAGAUGGUAAAGUAUAGAUGUCUUUUAAAAUUGAUAUUAUUUAAUUUUUGAAAUUUUGUAUUGAGAGUAGAAGAGACUGGAUUUAGAAAAAGAACUCGACCAGUAAUAAUACCACCUAGUGAAUAUGGAGUUCAAUGCCCCAGUCUCAAUGAAGUCCAACCAUGCCGAAACCCACUAUGUUAUAUUUGGGAUUAUGACCAAUGGGGAAGUUGUAUGCUUGAUGAUCCUAGUGAAAAAUGUGGUACUGGACAAAGGAGUAGACAGGUUUAUUGUACAACACAUGAUAAGGUAAACAUUGAAAUACCAAAAUAUACCUAUGUGAUUCCCGGAAUUUUUCCAAAUCAAAUUUCCAAAAAACUUUUUUUCCAAAUGAUUUAUUUCUCGGCUGGUACAUAUUAUAAUAUUUCCUAAAUAGUAUUCAGCCAAAAAUAAAGUGGUUAGAUUUUCAAAGGCGCAUGAGGUCUACACCAUGAAUUACGCAACCUUCAAUGAUUUGUACUCCAUAAUUGGACUUGCUUCAUAAAUCAUAAUAUUGUAUUUAAAAUAAAACAAUAAACUAAUAGAAAUCAGAAAUUAAAGUAAUCUAAGCUCUCAAUGAGUAAAAUAAUUUUAGUUGUUCACCUAUUGAACUGAACUGAAAAACAAGCUUAACUAAUCAGUUUAGUGAAAACAUUGCAAAAUUUGCAACCAUGCGAGAGAUAGAGCACAUAUGGACAGACAUUAAUAAAUUACACACUUAAUACCUAAUUUGUAUAAUUUUAAUUAAUUUUUGAUAAUUUGAAAACUGUUUGGGAAAUAGGUUAAUAUUGUUCAGGAAAAUGCUGUUUGAUCAUUUUGAUUCGGGAACUCAUACAUAUACUAUAUUUCAUAAUCUUUAAAUGUUAGAUAUAUAAUUGUUAUACAUUAUUAUGUUAGGAAGUAGUACAUAACUCGUUAUGUUCUAAAUCUAAACCAAAAGAAUCCGAACCAUGCUCUGUACCAUGCCCAGAAGAUUGUGUAGUAUCUGGGUGGUCAGAAUGGAGUGAAUGUUCAAUGGGAUGUUCGAUUAAUUAUGAUAUUGGUGUUCGGUACCGGAACCGUACUGUUAUUGGACCUCCAGGACCGACUGGCCAUGCAUGUCCGUCCAAAGAUGAUAUGGUUCAGUACGAAAAUUGUAACACUCAUGGAUGCUAUGGAUAUAGUUGGUUAGUUUUACCAUGGACAGACUGCAAUGGAACGUGUGGUCGUGGAGUACAGACAAGAGAAGUUUGGUGCAUGAGAGGAAAUGACCAACAUAUUGAAGAUGAAAAGUAAAAAAUAUAUUAACACAAAAAUGAAUUAGUUAAACUAGUGUCUAACUAUUGAAUUUUACCUUUUUUUAGUUGUAUGGAGUUACAGAAACCAGUGACAACAAGAGAUUGUUUUAAAGAUUGUGAUAGCAAAGUUUGUGUUCUAUCAGAUUGGAGUGAUUGGUCGGAAUGUCCUCAAGACUCAUGUGUAAAUGGUAAAUACUUAACACAAAUUAAUUUAAAUAUUUAUAUAUAUAUAACAUAUAAAUUAAUUAAUCAUAAGACCUAACAUUCAAUAUUCAAUGACUUCACAUAUAUAUAUUUUAUAAACCAUUACUAAUGUAUAUUCAAUUAUUGCACACAUGGAUAUUUAAUUUUCAACUGAAAAUUUAAAUUGUAAAUGUAAAUGUUAUACCAUACUGCUUAAUACAUUUAAUGAUUUCAUAAUAAUUCUACCGAUUUACUGAUUUUAUAUGAAAUAUCCGAUUUGUAAAUAUUUUUUACUAAGCUCAAUUGUACAUGCUAUAAUUUUUAAGACUCAUCCAAAUUUAAACUUAAAAAAAAAACUGUUACAUUAAAAUUUUUUUUCAAUUAACCUCAUGCAAUAUUAUUAAGCAUUUCUGAUUGACCAAAACAGUUUUACGGGUAUAAAACCAAAUAAAAAUUCGAUAAUGUUAAAUUCAUUUAUAUAGCUUGAAAAUCAACAUAAUAUUUUAGCGCAUCUAGAAAAUUCUAAUUCAGAUAUUAGCCGUUUUUACCACAAUCGAAUAGUUACUGUUGAGUAACUAAAUGAUACUUAAAUGAAAAAAAUCAAAUUUGUUGCAAUGAUCAAUCAUCAGAAAUUAUUAUUAGUGUAAAAAUCAAAAUACUUAGGUACUUCGACAACUGACCUAAAAUCUAGUAAGUUAAUAAAAUUUCACAAUGUUUAAAAUUAAAAUUGCCUUUAAAAAUCUACAUGUUAUUUCUUUGUACAAUCUACUAGUGGAUAAUUAAAAAAUAAUAAUAAUUCACAAUCAUAGGUAAUAAAAAAUCAUCAAUUGAUCAUGUAUAUAUUUAUGCAAUUGUUAAAUUAUUUAUUCUAGUGAAGAUUAUUCAAUAUUAUUUUGUAUUAAUUAGUUCAUAGAUUUUAAAAUUUAUUAAUAUUAUAGAACACACAGAUUUAACCAAAUUCAAACGGCAACGAAACCGAGUAAUUCUCGGUGGUGAAUCUUGCGGCCCAGUAUUCGAAGAGGAAAUAUGUCAAGUUCCUAAUAGAGUAUGUCCUAAAUAUUUCUGGGUUUUGGGUGUUUGGUCCCAUUGUCAGUUAGCUGAAGAUGUCACUUGCGGUCAUGGUCUAAGAACAAGAGGUAAUUAAUGAAAUUAUUUUUCUUAUGUGUUUGAAUUUGUGGACUUCAACUUUUCAAUUUGGUUUAUUAUAGAUUUCUGGUGUACCAAAGACGAUUCUCCUGUUCAUGUUGAACUGAAACAUUGCCUUCAGUAUCAAAACAUAACUCCAAGUAGUGUUGAACGUUGUCAUGUUGACUGUCAAACACCAUGCCAAAUGACUGAAUGGUCUCAUUGGUCAUCAUGUCCUCAACCAUGUUCGGGUCUACGUACAAGAACUCGAGAUCUCAUUGGUGGUUCUAUAUCACAUCCUGCUUGUAAAGGUGUACGUCAAGUUGAAGAAACACAAUGCCCAUGCUCUGAAUAUUUUCUGGAACCUAAUUCUGAGUGGUCAUUUUGUUUAACAAAUGAAACUGAGGGAUGUGGAGCUGGUACCCGAUAUAGAUCAUUAGGAUGUUAUAACAUGGAUAAUCAUCUUGUUGAUCCAUCGUAAGAAAUUUGAUUGUUAUAAAUAAAAAGUUAUAUUUAUGAGUCAAUUUUGUACAGAUUAUGUGGUGGUGGUACAGGCAUCGAAGAAGAACCUUGUUUAGUACCAUGUUCCAUUGAUUGCCAAAUGUCUGAUUGGAAUGAAUGGGGUGUGUGUAAUAGAUUGUGUGGACCAGGAAUACAUCACCGCUAUAGAACAGUAAAUUAUUGACAUUUAUCUCGUUUUUUAUAAUAAAACUCAUUAUCCAAUAGAUUGAACGGAAUGCAACAAAUGGUGGAAGACCAUGUGGUGAAACCGUUCAAACCAAAGUUUGCAAUACUCCUUGUAAUAGUUUUCAAUGGGUGACAGGCCCAUGGAGCCAGUGUAAAUUACCACAGACUGUUGCAUCAAAAGACUGUGGUGAAGGGGAAAUGUUUAGAACAGUUCGGUAAAUUAAUUAAUGGAUUUAUUAUCUAAAAUACUAAUUAUAUAGCAUUAUAUAUUUUUUAAGAUAAAAAUGUAUGUAAUGUGCAAUACCAAAAGGUUUUUUGUAUUAAAAAGUCCAAUUGUUUUCACUAAUUUGUUGUAAUAGAUGUGUUCACAUAAAUACUGGUAUAGAGAUGUCAGAAGAAUACUGUGAUUGGACAGUACGGCCAGAUGGAGUAAAUUUAUGUACAGUUGCAUGUCCUGGAGAUUGUGUUUUAAGUGGUUGGUCAAAUUGGUCCAUUUGCCCAAAAGUAAAUAUAUAUAAGAAGUUUUUAUUUAUUAUUUAAAACAUGUAUUACAACACUUCAGUCAUAGUUAUUAGUUUAUUACUAACAAUAUUAAUGAUUGGACAAAUAUUCAUACUUUUAUUAGAAUAUUAUUGUAUACUACAUAAUAUUAUAAUAACUAGAUUAAAAAAAACUAUGUAGGUACUAAAAAUAAUAAUAGUUGGUAAUAUAAUUUAAAUAAUUUCUAUUCUUUUUUUUUUUACACCAACAGCAGUAAGGGAUUUGUUUUCACAAUACUUCUCCACCGUGGGUAGAUAGGUCUACUGGGAAGCCAGGAAUUUUCCAGGGGCUCCUCCAAUAGGGCACUUGGAUUGCUUUUGUAUGUUAGUCCAUGUAUAGGGUCGAUAAGUAAACAAAAAAUAGACAUCAGUAGAGGCUCUUUUAAAAUUUCCCCAUGUUCCCCACUGCUUCCAUUGUUUAUUUAUACAUAUAUUAAAAUCCUGUUUUCCCCUUUGCGAGGCAGGCUCACAUUGAACUUAAAGUAAUUAGUUAAAACUAAGAUGUGGGAUGAGCAGAUUAACCAACGUAAUCCCCUUACAAAGUGCUAACUUUAGCCUAACCUAUACAUACAACCUUGAGCCAAUGGUGAAGUCCCCAUAGGAAUGGACUGUCGUACCAGAAGAUAUAAAACUGCCAGACGCCGAUUAACUCUCACCUCCAUUGACUGAGCCAUUGUGGUUUUCAAAUGUCAAUCAAUCUUCUGGUAGCAGUUUGACCCAAUUUGUACUUAAAUUAAUUUAAUUUGGACCUUAAAAAAUAAUAUAUUAUUUACACUCAUAUAAUUGUACACAUUAACAUAAAAUGUAAAACUUAAAAUUAUUUAUUUUUUAAAAGGAUUGUCUAUCAUCGCAAGAACAACAACGUACUAGGUUAUUGCUUAGAAGUCAAAGUCCUACAGGCGCUAACUGUCCUAUAGCCAUACAAACACAACCUUGUCGUUUAAAUUACACUUGCUUUAAAUAUGCCUGGAAAACAAUAUCAAAAGUAUCAUGUUUACCUUUGGGAGGAAGCCCAUGUGGUGAGGGUAUGUCUGUUGGAUCAGUUUAUUGUGAAAGAAGCGAUGGUAGAACAGUUGAAGAUCAGUAAUAUUUGCAUUUUAUUUUAUUUGUAACAUACCAUACCAUAUUAUAUUUUAAUUCAAAUAUACAUUUUUUCAUAGGUUUUGCGCUGACUUAACCAAACCUAAUCCAUUGGAAAAAUGGUGCUACAUCGAUUGCCCCGUUGAUUGUGUGCUCGAAGGAUGGUCAUUAUGGAAUGCAAGUUGUUCUUGCAAUGACACAGGUUGGUUCAAUAUUUAACAGUUCCCGCAUCCUCUAUUACUAUAGAUGAAAUAAAACACAUUAAUAUUAUAACUUGUAUUUAAAGGAGUUUCACGGAGAGCUUAUACAGCUAUGAAUCCAAGUCCAACUGGUAGACAAUGUCCUAUGACUAUUGAACAAUGGAAGCCUUGUCCAGCAGUUCCGUGUUAUAGUUGGUCGCUUGGACCAUGGUCUGCAUGUCAACUUCAUGUAAGUUUUCAAAUAUUCUUUAAAUACUUGAAAAUAUAAAUCUACUCUGGGGAAUUUUAAAUAUUUUGUAAUAGUACUACAUAGAUUUUUUUUGUUUAUUCAUCUUAUGUGUGUUUCCAAAUAGCUUCCACUAGACAUUACUUCCCCCUGUCCGAAUGCACCUGAGUUCUGCAUAUGCUAUAUACCAUAUUAUCAGCAUUGUAUUAUAGAAAAAUUAGUAAAAAAUGUGUGUAUUUUUAUUAUUUAAAGGGAGCUGCCUGUGGACACGGUGUAACUACCAGAAAUGUAACAUGCAUGAGGACUAAUGAUGGUGAAAUGGUUGAAUCUUCUUUUUGUGGUUCAUUGGGUCAGCAAAAACCAUUGUCUUGGCAGAAUUGUUAUGUAUCCUGUGGUCCUGGCUGCACCCUAUCUGAAUGGAGCCCGUGGUCACACUGCCAUGGCGAUUGUUUAAAAGAAACUAUAGGUUAUGAAACCAGAUCCCGUACAGUAAUUUCACAAUCACCAGCUGGCACUACUGCAUGCACCGAUCCUCUUUGGGAGACUCGAGAUUGCCGCAUACAACCUUGUCUGACCUACGAAUGGGCAUUGACUGCAAAUGCUGAUGUUAUUUGCCGCAGAUCUGAUGGACUUGUUGUUUCAGAAUGUAAGGAAAACAUUAUUUUCCAAUUUAUACAUAUUGCUAUUAUUUGAAUUUAUCCAAUAUAGAUAUAGGUACAUAUAUUUAUAUAUGAAAAAAUAAGUAUGUAGCAUACAUUAAUAACUAUUAAGGGUGUAUGGCAUAUCUUGACUAGUUAAUUCAUCAUCACCUUAAUUGAACAUAAGCCGUUAGAUUUUACACAGAGACUCCUUAUAUAAUGUAGGUAUUAAAUACAAGAAAGUGGUUUUCGAAAUUCAUCAUCUACGAAAGUUAAAUUAUUUUUGGGUAUGGCUUCCUAGGAACUAAGUCCUGAAAGAAUAAAUUCAGUAUCUGAUUACAUGAAUAGUAAUGAUAAUAAUUUGUUAAUGGAAAUAUACAAUUUAAUUUACAAAAAAUUAUUAAUGACACACGUUAGGAACAAUAUUAUAAAAAUACUAAUGCAAUAGAUAGGUAUCUAUAUUAUAUACAAUCUAAUAAAAUGGCUACAUAUUGUGUUAAUAAUUCAUAAAGAUACCUUUGAUUUGAAGUUGAUCAUAGACAAAACCAAAAUAUUAUAAUUAAAUGUAAUUUCAGAUUAGAUCUCUUUAAAUAGAUUUGUAAACUAAUAAUCUAGGUAAUAUUAACAUAAAUAUGAGGUACUUUCAAAUUUUAAAAUAAAUUAUAAGAAACUCAAAAGCUUUAAUGACUUAAUUUUACUCGUUAAAAAUAUUAAGCCUCUAAAAUUCUAGUAGAUUAUAAUAUAGGCGUGGUAAAAUAUGAUCUUGCCUACAUACAAAUAGCUACUUAUUUCAGCCUUGCAUAAAUAAAACAUAAAAUAUAUGGAAGAUAUAAAAUAUCGAAACAUUUUUAUAUAAUAGACUGUAGUGAGAUUAUUUAAGUUAUAAAAAAAACUAAAAUAAAUAAACAAAUAGUAUUGGAUCAGGUUGAAGUUUAGAAUGAGAGUGGCUGACCCCAUAAGUUGGGAUGAAGGCAAAGGAAAAGAAGAAUACAAACAGUAACUACUUAUCGAAAUACACUGUGUCCACAGAAACAGAGAACACUUUAUAUUUUUUACCUUAUGAGUUAUGUAUACUUUUGAAAUCGGUUUUCGGAAGUUGAUUACUGGGCCAUUAAUUUUUCUGACAUACAAUUUACAAAUAAAUCUCAUAAGGUCAGUUUUAAAUUUAGUACACAAGUUGGUGUAUCAUUGUGGCUUGUAAAAAGUCGGCAAAUCUAAAUAGGAUUUUAAAAAUAAGGAUUUUAAUUUUAAAAAAAGUUUUGUUACUUAUGCGCAGAAUAUAUAAGUUAAAUAAAUUGAUAGCUUAGUUAUUUAAUUUUUUUUAUUCAAAAAAUCGCGUUGAAAAAAAUUUGCAUAAAUUGUUUCCUGUUUUUGUGUACACACUGAUUGAAUGUAUAACAUAAUUUUAAAGUAUUCAAAUUUCUAGUGUUGAACUAAAUUGAAUUAAUUCACCUAACUAGAUAUUAUGUAUCAUAUAGCUUCUUGUAAUGAAAUGGAAAAACCAAAAUCAAUGUGCAGCACUCUUCAGGGUAGUUACAUUUGCACUAAGGACAUCUGCAUGCCUGACGACAAAUUACAAUGUGAUAAAUUGACCACUUGGGUACAACUUAAAGAUGAUCACCGCAUUAUUGAAUAUGCCUUAUGCUUUGGAUUUGGAAUAGGAAUGAUUGCUACGAUUACCAUUUUCCUCUAUUUUAUGCGGUGAGUUUAAAAUAAUUUAAUUUUUCACUGAAAUUAUGAACUUUUUAAUGAUAUAACAACUUACUUACAACUCUUUGUAUUAUAUAUUACUACAUAAUUGUGAUUUAUUUUUUAUUAUUAUUUUAGCCCAUCAAAAAAGCGAACAGAGUGCAAAUACCAUAAACAACCAGAAUUAGCAUAAAAUCUUAACAAUAUGGAAACCCAGUAUAAUAGGUAUAACCAACAUAUAAACUAUAAUAUCAAUUUUUUUUUCAAAUUAUACAAUUUAACUCUAAAAUUUAAUUACAUAUCCCUCAUAGUUUAAUAGGUGUUGUAUAUUAACUACAAUAAGUAAUAGUAUUAAUAGAAUUAAUAUUUAAAUAAUAUUAUUAAUUAUUAUCUGCUUUAGAUGUUCUAUAGUGGUCAUAAAAUAAUUUAUUUUUGACUGUAGGAUAUUAAUCAAAUAUUAAAUACCAAUUAUUAAUCAUAUUACUUAUCUUAAGGAUUUUAAAUGUAUUUUGUAGUUACUUAGAAUUUUUCUUGCAAAUGCAAAUCAAAUUUACUAACCCUAUCUAUUCAUUUUAUAAUAACGUAUACUUAUAUUAUUAUUAUUAUGAAAACUUGUUCAAUUGUUUGUUUUAAAUCUUGUUCAUGUUUUUGAAUUUAUGUUUUUGUUGUAUGUUAUGUUAUUUAGCAUGUACCUAUUUAUAAUUUUGUUUACAUUUUAUCUUACGUAAAUAUUAAUAAUAAAUUGAAAAAUACCUAAGUUUACACUAUUCAAAUCUUGGCAUUACAUUUAUUCAUAUAGCAUGCACUUUAUAACAUACAAUAACUCCAAACAAAUAAUUUCUAUUAAAAUUAUAAACAUUUUAUUUUAUUUUAUAUAUUUUUUUGUGAGUAUACAUUAAAAUUAGAAUUUUUUUAUAGAUAGCACCAUAUUCAAAAAUAAAAAUGGAAGUAUUUUAAUUUUUAAUGACUCAAAAAAUGUAUCAAUAUUAUAGAUUAAUUUAAUAAUAUGGUUAUAAAUGUAUAAAAACAUAAGAAAUAUAACAAAUUGAGAAAUCAAUACGAAAAAAAAAAAAGGUUGUUCCUGAACAGAAACUAAUAGAUAGGUUAUAAACAUAUAAAUAAUUGUUUUUUGAAUGUAUGAUUUUUACAAUCAGACAAAUCAAACCAAUUAAUAUGAUUCACUUGAGAAAAUAUACCAUCAUAAGGAUGAACAAAAAUAAGUAAACAAUAAACAUAGAUCUAUCCAAUAUCUGAGCUAGAAUAUACCAUUGAUUUUCUUUUAUUCUAGAAUUGUCUGAUUUAUCUUCAAUAAAUUCGUCCUUGAUAUCAUCAUUUUCUUUCUAUGAUUACAACAAAUUAAAUAAAAUUAGUCAAAUUGAUUAAAAUAAAUAUUCAAUGUUUUAAUUUGAUAUAAUAUUGCUUUUCAACCUAAGAGUUGUGACUCCCUUGGGGUCACCAGCUACCUAACUAUUAAGAAUUGUCAAAAUAUAAAGAAUCUUAAUUAUAAAUCUCAGAAACAACAAUAAAUAUCUUACAAAUUUAAGAAUGUUAAUUAAUAUUUGAAGAUGUAUGUAGGUAUUAUACAUAAAUAAUUAUCAGUAUCAGCUCUUUUUUAAUAUAAAAAGGUAUUUUUAAACAGUAAAUUUAAAUGUGAAAUGUUAUUCAAUUUCGAUAGGGAAAUAACCCAUCAAAACACAAAAUAAAAACCAAGACAAGCACGAUAUCAUUUUAUACAUAGAGUUUACUAAAUAAUUUCAAUAUCAUGCAAAAUAAUAAUAAUAUUUAUUAAUAUAAAUUAGAUACCUUCAAUGAUGUAAAUCUCAUUACAGUUCCAAAUUUCGUGUUCAAUAGUUGAGUAAUAUAUUUAGGUACUUUUUCAUUAGGUUGCUUAUAUUUAGCUAAAUUGUGUAACACCACGGAUAAUAUCAUCGAUAGUGUGACCAUACCCAACGAGUUUGAAUAGAACAUUACUGCAAAUCACAUAAAGUGUAAAUAAUAAAUUUAAAAAAAAAAUUGACAUAAUAUAAUAUUAUAACAUUAUUAGGUAGGUAUGUAUACUCAUGAAGUUUGGGUACAGUUUUGUUUCCAUACAAGACAGAACUUAUUUAUCUUUUUAGUAAAAAAAACUUACCUAUUAAUGGAAUACGGUCAUUCAUAAUAGGAACAUUGCUGGAAAUUAUCAUUAAUAGUAAACAUAUCAUGACUAAUGUAACACCACUCAACAUAAAUUUCUCUGACGAUUCUGGUGGCAGCCAAAAAACAGAAAGCGUCAGUAGUACCACAACUAAAAAAUAACAAACGGUCAUAUAAUUAUACAGAAUAUCGAUUUAACAUAAUCUGUUAGUUUUCUUUAGUUAUUAUAUUUAAUAAAAUUAAUAUUAAACUAAGUUAGGAAUUUAAAAUAUUAACUUAUUGUAAUGGUCUAUGAUACAUGUUUUUGGGUGUACCGUUCCAUUUAGAAACCAUAUAAGUUUUUACUAAAAAUAAUUGCUUUCAUAAUAAAAUUGUUCUAUACUAAUACAUUAAACAAAACAAAAUAAAAAACAUUUUCAAUUACAAUAAUAAUUAGGUACCCACCUAGAGCUGGAAUGACGACUAUAGUAUGAUAUGCUGGCAUUUUUCUUUUUAUUGUGAUGCUGAAGUGAAUAUCUUCGUAUAUGUCGUUGGAAUUGCAAGAAUAUCUCUCAACUCUACGUCUUUGAGUCACCUUUGUGAUUUUCCAUUUGCAACCUUCGUCCAAAUUGAUCAUAUCUGCAGUCUAUUAAUAAAAAAAACCCAUUUUGGUUUUAUACUUAAAGAUAAAAAUAAAUGUUUUUUAUUUUAAAAUCGUAAAUAUUAUGGCCUUUCAGAGCAUGUAUAACCGGACCCUACUCAGAAUCGUUUUUCGUUAGCGAUGAUUAUAUCUUUGCGUACAGAUAUACAUUCAAUUUUCCCUCUAUCUUUCUACCUUCUCACCUACAACAAUGGCCCAGACAUCGUACAAAGUAUGUUCGUCUAUGUUUUAUUUGAUGUACCUAGGUACUAUGAAGUUUGCUACUACACUAAUCAUCCUUCCACAAAAAAAAAAUAUAAACAAAUUAAUUUAAUUACCUAGAUAUUCAUUACAAUUUAAAAGAUAUAAUAAUAAUAAAUUAUUAAUUACUUUUAUUAAAAUAAAUAACAGUGCUACAGCCAGAAUGCACUAGAGGCACCUCCCCUCCACCGGAAAUCUUUCGUUUUUUUAAUACAACAUUCAUGAAAUUGUAACAUUCAAAAUUCUAAUCAAAUUAGGAAUAUACUUUUGCACAUUUUAUUUUUACUCUUUGGCAGAAAUAUAGCCUAUAGGCAUAGGUAUCUAAAUAAAAUACACCUAGUUACCUAUUUAAUAUAAUUGUAUAAUAUAUCCAUGUCGACAUAUAUCCACUUCGAGGUUAAGGAUUUAUAAUUUAACGCAACGUGUUUAAAUUUUAUUAACGAAAAUAAUCAUUUAAAAAAGAGAAAAUAUUUCCAUCGCCAAUGAUCCAUUUUGGAUUAUUAUCUACCUACUCCUCAAUUUCAGUUUAUAUUAAACUUGCAUAACAACUUAAAUUUUUAACUAUCUAUAACUAAUAUGUAUUCAAUGAUUUCAUAAAUACAAUUUCAUUUUUGAUAAUAUUUAUAUUUUUGUAGGUGCGUUUAAAAAAUGUAAAUACCUACAGGUAACCCUAUACGGUUAUACUUUAAAAUUCCACACAUAAUCAAUGAACAGAACUUAUUACCUAUCAAUUACCUAUUUAUGUAUUGGUAUAUUAAUUUAUUAUUGUUUUGGAUUUCGGUAACUAUAUUAUAAUUUAAAUAACCAUACGUUUAUGUUCUGGUUUAUUUGCAUGCUAACAGAAUUGCCAUCAUACGUCCAAGAACCGAGUCUUAAUGAACAUGUGUGCUCUCCAAAUGGCCAAUUUGUUAAAUCCACAUCACAAAAUACCCGAUACUUCGCUGGUGGUAUCCAAUGAACCAUACCAUCUGAACGGACCACACAGUUAAUCUUUCCAUAUGUUUCGUCGUAGUUAUUGUCAGCACUGUGGAUAGUAAAAGAUUAUUUCAAUUUACCAUUGAUCACAUUUAUUAUAAAAACUAUAGUUGUAUCGUUAAAAUUGUAAAGCAAAAUGAAAUAAAUUGCAAAAUUGGAAAA